AUGCAACUUUUCACGAGUAGCAAAGGGAUGGCACUUCGUAACACGUCAGCUGUUGUGGAUGUAGACAGCAUCUGCUGCUCAUCUGAGUCGUGUCACUCAACUGCAGACGUUGACGGUGCCAGAAGUGCCCAAAUUCUGUCGCGCAGCGAGUUGCGUCGUGCAAUACAGGAGCGACCAGAAUGUAGAAUGCAAACUGACGGCGAAGCCAAGGUCCAAACAUCAUUGCGAUCUUUUGAUGAGUCGGUAUUGUUCGAUGGAGAAUGCUUUGAAUCUUUCGGAACUACAGCGGAAGCGAGUUCCACUGGCAGUCGCGGUGAACGGCUUACACAGUGCAUACAUUCCACUACUACCAAACAGCCUUGGCAUUUCAUCGAUGGUAUGCGCGGAAUAGAACUAGUUGAUUCGAAGUGUUACAGAACGCCACAUGGAUUUCAAAAAGAAGCCACAUUUCCUUGUGAAUCUCUUUUCGACUUCAUUCCAACUACAAAUAAUGAAGACAGUGGCUCUGGAUCUCUCAGUACGGCAGUGGGAACACAGGAUACGGUCUUCGCAAGAAGGAGCGGCCCUCUAGAGCGUUUCACCCUCAUGAUUGGAGAGAAUAUUUUGCAAUUCAAAGUUGUGAAAGGAUAUGAGCACAACAGCGAUAGCGACGAACCAUGGAAUUCAGUGUCCGGAUAUAAAUGUUCACUAUGUGGUAAAAUCUUCCCUUCGAAGACUAUGUGGGAGAAGCAUAUCAUUGAAAUCCAUUCCUGUUCGGUUAAAGAACUCCACUGCGAUAUCUGCGGAGCGGUAUUCACUACCAAAGUCAGCUUGGCACUGCAUAUGCGCUUUCAUACAGGUCCGCGCCCCUUUCGCUGUACAAUCUGCACCAAGACUUUUUGUCGUUCGUCCACGUUAGCGCUGCAUAUGAAGAUGCAUGUCACGGGUCAUCGGCAUUUUUGUCAAAUUUGUGGGAGGUGGUUCAAGUCGGGUGUUGCAUUAGCUGAUCAUGAGAACGCAUGCCUAGCUGCUUUGAACGGCGAUUUCAUCAAUGUAAGUCGUCCUUUCCGCUGGCAAUGCUCUUAUUGCGAAAAAAUGUUCCAUCACAGGAGAGACAAGAACAUCCAUGAAAGAGUGCACACUGGUGAAAAACCGUAUACUUGUGGAUAUUGCGGACGAGGCUUCACGCAAUCUCAAACGUUAACAAUACAUAUAAGGACGCACACUGGUGAGAAACCGUACCCGUGCCAUAUAUGCGGGCAAGAAUUUCGAGACAGUUCUGCUCUUCGAAAACACGAAUAUAGGCAUGCAGCAUUGCAAUCGUCAGCCUCUCCCUUAUACGAAGAUUCCACUAUUGAGAUAGACAUGGAAGAGGGCGAACGCCUAUGGAAUGAGAGAAGUUCCUGA